AGCGAGUUGUUUCAUUCUCAAUAGGCCGUGUGAGAUAGCUUAAAUGGUGUUCGCGGAGGCGUCCUGUUGCCAUUUGUUUUAUUGCGAGAACAUCAUUUUCUUUCAUUUGCUAUACAUUUCACGUUUUUGCUACGUAUGUAGAGUAUGGUAAAUAGCUGGUCAAUGCAUGGUAAAUUAUAUGUGUGAGUGUGUGUGUGCGAAUAUUCAAAGAACUACAAUCCCAAUAAAAGCACGAAAAAGACAAUUUUAGGCAAUAUACAGCCAUCGAAGCUGGUUAGGAGGAAGUUGGAAAAAAGCAUUAUUGCAUGCUAGAACGAAGUUGGUGGUUCUACGAACCACCCUUCUGUCUGGGUAAGGUUACUAAAGUGCGGAAAGGAAGAGCAGGGGAAAGAGAGCGCAAGUGUCAUCGUUUGACAGAUUGCCCGAAACAAACGAACGGCUGUGUGAUUCGGGGUUAUCUUUGCCUGUCCGCGGCUUGCACCAUUGUGGUGACACGGAAACAUUUUCAUAGUUGAGCAAUAUUACAUUAAAUUUCCCGGAGCGUGCACGUAAUUACCGUCUUUCUUGUACUCCAAACAUUCUACCCAACACUACGCCGGAAUAGUUUACCUAAUUAAUCGUUAGUCAUCACGCGGGGGAAGAUAUCCGCAAAACUUCCCGGUCUGUUUUAGGUUAGAGUUACGUAGCGACCGUACAGCGAAACACAGUACAGUAUGGCCAGCAGUGACGAUCAAUGGCUGAAAGAGGACGGCUAUCUGAACGUGGAUGCUGAAUCGCGUUCUAUCACUUACCAUCCGUAUUUGAACGUAAUUCUCGUGAUUGGAAGUAACAGCGAGGUGAAGCUACUGGAUGUCAAUUCCGGUGUCAUACUACAAAGUUACAGAAUAUCGGAAAUCAAUUCGGUACGAUGCCGGUACUUGCCCCAGCAGGAUAAGAUACUUAUUUGGAACGGUCGCAACAUAUGUAUGCGCGGUGAUUACAAUGGUGUUCUACUGCUGGACACAAUCCUUCAGGCCCCUGUCACGUCGAACGAUGAUCGGGUGCGUUUGGAGUUGCUGCUCUCGGAGGCACUUUUGUUCCUGCAGUGUCUCCAGAAUCUGGAAGAGCACGGUCUGGAGAAUAUGAGUGACGUUACAAACGAGCUGACGCAAAAGAUCGGUGAAGCACAGUCGCACUCGAAGCGCGGUAUUAAGGCACAAAAAUGGGAAACGGUGUGUCUGGAGCUGCCCCACUCAUCACUGCGCAUGGUGGCAAGCGGUGUGGUGAUGCAGCUUCGCCGGCUCGAUCAGCAUAUCCCGGCGAUGGCCAUCGCAUCGGCAAUAAAUGAACGGUUGACCGAUUUGCUCCGGGGAGCCCGUGUCAACGAGUCGGCAAAAUCGGUCCAACGAUUUCAGAUGUACUCGGAGGCGGCCCGUCGUCAAACGUUCGAGGCGUGGCCUCACAUGGACUACAAAUGGGUACUGCCGGAUCAGAUGGCCCAGGCCGGAUUCUAUCACCAGCCGGGCGAGAAUGGAAACAAGGAUCGGGCGAUGUGUUUCACCUGUACCGUGUGUCUCGUAUGCUGGGAGAAAACGGACGAACCGUGGAGCGAACACGAACGCCAUUCACCAGACUGUCCGUUCGUGAAGGGAGAGUUCACGCAGAAUGUGCCACUGUCUGUAACGUAUGCAACGAGUCCGGCCGUCGCCACGGCCGGGUUCAGCAUGAUAUCGUCCGGUGAUCGGGGCGUGGUAUUUUGCACCGGCAAUCCAUCCGGCGACGUUACGGUGUGGAACAUCGAGCGACAGCUGACAAAGGUUCACGAGUUUCAGGUGAAACUGCAUCCGGACAUACUGACGACGACAACCAUCAGCCCGACGGCGACAGUCAGUUCGCUCGAGUUAAACGCUUUGGCAGCCUACUUUGUUCGAUCGCCUGCGGGUAGUGCUGUGCAGCAGCGACGUGCAUCACUUUCCUUGAAACCGAAAAUGCUCGGCACGAAAAUAGUGGCCGGCGUGCGGGUGAAAAGCACGGAAACGUUCGACAAGGAUUCGUAUGAUGUGUAUGAGCAUGAUGCAGAAACGACGCUGCUUAUGAUCGUGUACAACAUCGAAGACCCAGUCGUGGAGGAUACGGUUCCCGGAUCGCCAACGCUGAAUGCAAACACGCAGGCCGCCCUCACGCUUAGCGCUGGCGUUGGUGGUAAUGCAAAGAAAUCCAACCUGUUUACCAUUAUGGAGAGCACAGAGGAUGAAUCGGUCAAAUUGCUGGCCGAACGUACAAACAUGCUUAUGGACGAGCUAAAGCACGCGAAACAGAAACUAGUUACACAAAAGACGAACAAAACGAAAAAGAAACACUACUCGGACGUUAGUGAGAAUGAUAGUGGUAAAAUUAAAAUUCUUUCAUCGAUGGACACGCAAACCACCUUGCCAUCCACUUCGAUGAACAUAGUGACGGAUGCGUUGGCCACCGGUAUCAAUAGUACUGUGCACGGUAGCGGGGAAGGAGGUGGUGGCGAGGGAGAAGGUGACGGUGGCACAGGCGAUGGAGGCGGAGGAGGUGGCGGUGGGGAAUGUGCCAGUGCGACGGAAGGCGCCAUUUUUUGCAUACCGUUACAGUACAUCGAACUACCGCCAAUAAUGAUGGAUUCGUGUGCCCAUUACUACAUCUCGGAUAUAGUUCCAUCGAGUGAUAAUCGCCACUUGCUAGUAGUGGUUAAGUACGAUCCUGAUAUUGCGGCGAAAACAUCAACCGGAGAUUCUAGUGCCUCUAGUACAGAUGCGGCAAAAGAUGAUCAACAACGAGUGGAUGGUGCAGAAUCAUCCGGUCCGCUCUGGUAUACCGUCUUGCUGCUGUACUCGCUGAACGAGGAUGGUUUGGUGCGGCUUGACGAGCCACUAAUGCUGUUUCUGAAUCAAGACCAGGUACCACUGGAGAUAACGAUGCUGCCAAAGUGUGAUGGCACCGGGCGACACUUUGGUGGUCCGGAAACGGAUCAAGGUAUCUUCGUGAUGACCUGUGCCGAUGGCAAACUGCGUAUAGUUGCGCUAAAAACGCUCACCAUCAUUUCGGAUGCUUCGGUAAAGGACGAUCGAUUCGUUUCGGCAACGUACUGCAAAAGCUUAGAGCGGCUCUGCGGUUGCACUGCAAAAGGAUGCCUUCAUUUCUACUCCUUCUACGAUCUAGAUGCGGAUUCGAGCGAUGAGCGGGAUGAAGAGAUCAUUGUACAGACGCCGUUAUCAGCGGGUAUCGAUUCCGGUGACAAAUCAUACGGUACGACCGGAGUAGAUGGUGUUGUGCCGAUAGAUGUGAUUGAUAAUAUGACUGCUGCGUCAACUGCACCAUCAGCAGCAGGAGUGUCAAAUAGUUCAGGAACAACCGGAACCACACAGCAACAGCAAGCCCAGCAUCAUCCCGACGGUGUGGGUCUGGAAUGGUUGCUAGCUUUCCGCCAGGACGUUGGCAACGUGAACAACCUUAAGAUGCUGCACACGCUGACGCUGUUCAGUGAGCUGUUAACACCUUAUUCGGCUGAAGUACCUGCCUGUUGGAAUGAACUCGAGCAGGCCCAAAAGCAGCGUCGUAAUCCGCAACAUCUACGACCCGGAGAUGACACACAUUUGACGAAAACAUGGCGAUUGCACAAUGAUGCUUCCACCUGGGAUGAACAUCUGAUAGAGCUGAACUUGCCAAAAUGUACCUCGCUCGGUCAUAUCGAUUUUAAGUUUUCACUCUAUCAACCGUGCGCUAAUUCGCCCGCAAUUCAGGUGACGUUGUUGAAACAGAAGUCAAUGGGCUUAUGCACACGCCGUAAAACACAAUCGAUUAACCGGGUUGAUGAGUCAAUCAACUUUAACAUCGGUGCUGGCGAAGGCAAACAUUUCGUUGAGAAUCCGGUACUGAGUGAGGAGUAUCUGCAAGCCAGAAAUGCAGAAAUUGUGGUCGGUCCAAUCGAACUGGCCUCCUGCAUGGAUCUGAGCGAGCAGGGUGGUUGUGUAACGCUUACGAGCCCAAAGCUGCUGAAAUCCAAAGGCCGGAACUAUUUGCUGCACAUUAAAACGAUGACGGAUCUGUCGAAGGAUGGGCAAGGUAAAACUAGAGUACCUGUUCGGAAGAAGGGCAUUACGAGCAUACUGCUGACAUCGUUGUCGAAUAUCUCGGUACAAUCGAAUGCGUCUCCCGGCACUGUGCAAGUCGGUAAGGACGGCUCGUUGACGAUAUUCCCCGUGCCUUCGCCGGCAGGGUCCGCUGCGACGAUUAAAACAAGAACAAAUGAUUUCUACAUAGGAUGUGAUUGGCUGAACGAAAUAUCGAUCACGGUGCGAGCCACUCGUCAGUUGUACAAGGUUGAACAAGAACGUGCCCAACGGUUAGCUAUGCUGGAUUCCAAUAUGCUGCUAGAAAAUUUGUUGACCGUUCUUCAUCAGCGCAGCGAGGUGAAGGUUAGUGAUGGUGAUGGUGAAGAGGAGAAUGUCACUAAGCCAUCAGCAAGCACGACGACUACACAAGCGCCUGGCGAGAAUAUGAUCAUAACGCAACAGAAUCUUGCCUUAGACAUUCUCAUAUGGAUUGUCACGAUUCGUAUGAUGCGUUAUCGAUAUCCCAAGAAUCCGUUCGCUAAACGAGCUGCUCCGACCGAAACGCGAAACGUGGCAGCCACCGAUUUAAACGUACAGCAAACGGAGUGCGUACAAAUCAUCGAGAAGCAUCUGGAAGAAACUAUACGACACUGCAUUGUACUGGCGAAUCGUAGCAUCGCACAUAAGUGUGUUAAAUUUGUGUCUUUGGCACUUGAGGGAGCUCAAAACAUGGUCGACAAGAAUGCAUGUAACGCGUUCGAGCAAUCGUUAAACAAUGCUAUAAUCAAAUGCUUGCCAGACAUAGUCAAUUCUAACCAUGCCGGCGCUUUGCGUUGGUUCGCUUUGCUCAUAUCUGGAACUACGCUGGCGGAACAUCAUUUAAGCGUGGCGGAUCAUUGCAUGAAACUGCUGAAAUCGGUGGCAGAAGAACUGCAAAAACGUAACAAUCCCUAUUCGGCGUUGUUGCGUACCCGUUUCGGUCUGCACGGUUCACCAUUCGAUUCGGAAGUGUUUGACGCACCUUCAAUGGACGGACGUAUCGCCUUUGGAGGAGGUGUAGCAUAUCCGUUCGGGUGCGGCACAGCAACGAACGGGCUCAAUAUGAAUGGUGCGGGAGGCAAUGGUGGUUGCACUAGCUCCAGCAAGAGUGGCAGUGCGAGUGCCAGUGGACCGAUCGGUUCCUCCGUGCUGACUGGUCCCUCGCCGAUAGAUUUGCGGCUGAUGUGUUUUGCGGACGGUGCGGAUCUGAAGUGUUUGUUCGAUCAGCUGCGAAGCCGUAGCAUUGGGUCACACUUUAUGGGACUGCUGGAGGUGGAACCACUGCACUAUUCGUGCUGUGCCACGUCCGAUGCAACCAGAUUGGAAAACAUCGAUGCAAAUGGAAACACCACCACAACUAGCAGCAGCAGUGUUAAUGGGUUUGUUGGUGGGUCGAGUGGCACCGGAAUUGGGAAUGGAAUAACAAUUGAACCCGUAUCCACCGCAAACAUGUUGAUGGAAAAUUCGGUCGGCAUUGGUGCGUACACCGUUGAUGUAAAAGUCGAUAUUGGAAAUGAACAGGGUGAGCAUGCUGACACAAUGAUCGUUUCUUAUGCUGAACCAGAGCAGCAGCAAGCUAAUAAUAGCAGCAAUCAUGGCAAAAAUAUCAACAUCACCGUUGGGCCUUCUCUUAAGAAGUCAAUCCAGCAAACACAAUCCAGUGAGGGAGAUAAGGAAAACAUAGGCGACGCUUUGAUGAAUAAUGUGAAAAAUGUACUGGUCGAUAAGAUUUUCUUUUCGGCACUACAGAAGCACAAGCUGAAAUCUGCUGUAAAUUCGUCUGCGGACACCAUUGGCUUUCCGACUUACUUGCAGCAAUCAAAUACGGAAAGCCACGGUAAACCGCAUGCCAUCAAUAUCGGAAGUGAUGGUGGAAUGUUGAAAGACAUAGAAACCUUUGACGAUAUAUCCGUGAAUGAUUCGGAGACUUGUGAUGUGUUCAAUGCAGCAGAACAAAAAGCUUCGACGUUAAUAAUACCGGACACGGCUGCGGAAGUAACUGCUUACACUAUUGGCAAAAGCACCGUUGCCGAUAGUUCACGUUCGUCGAAGGUAGUAUCCUUUGUUUCAAACGAUGCCAAUCUGGACCUACAGCACGGUCCGCACACCUCACUGUUGGACAAUAAAAUUCAGGAAUAUUUUGAAGAAAAAAGCACCGAAGCGGAAAAUGCAAUCGAUCAAUCCGGUGGAUUGCCGUGGCACAAGUUGCUCAGCAGUCCACCGAAGCAGACAAUCGUGGUUGAGCGGAUGCACUCGUCGGCUAUUCGGUACGUAACGCUUGAUUUUGGUGCACCCAUCAUGCUGACGGAUGUUAUCAUACCGGCACAUUCGGAUCUUGCAUCGCUCUCGAUUGAUGUUUGGUGCUUCGAAGAGGAAGCGGAUAGCGUGCGAUUGGUCGUUUCACAGGAUAUUCAUUCGCGCACGCUUGUGUUGAGCGAUCUACAGCCGCCACCGAUUUGUCGGUAUCUUAAGAUCACGAUUACCGGCCGCUACGGAAUGACGGCUACCCGGUGCCGCAUACCAAUGGGUUCGUUCUACGGGCAUAUUGUGAUUCUCGACCGGGAAGCGUAUGCUGAUCCAGUGAUGAAAUUUCUGCAAAAAAGGAAAACGAAUGUGCAGACACAAUUGAAGGUUUUGAAAGCAUUAUAUGAAGACGUCCACUGCCGGUACUGUUUGGCUAGCAGCAAACUGAUGGAUCUGCUUGUGCCGUACCUGAACAGCGACGCAUCGAACAUUGCUCACAUGCAAGCAUUCCUGAACCGCAUGAAAGAUACAUCCUUUGGCGGUGGGUUAGGUGCAGAUGUGUACGGUACGUAUGGAACGUACGGCACCUCGGUUGGAAACGGUGGAAAUAAUGCUUCGAUCGAGUGCGCUAAGGUUACAGCGGCGUAUGAAGAGUGCAUUGGAUUUCAGCACCAGUUGAAUGUAAUUCGUCGUGUGAUCGAUCGUAUUAGACCAUCGAUUGAUGUGAAUCAUCCAUUGCUGGCCCAGCUAAUGCUUCCUACCCAGCCAUCGCCACUGAAUGAUUGUACCGACUUGAGUUCCAUCUAUACGGAUAAGCUACGCGUUAUGAGCGAGUGUCUGAUUGAAGUAGUGCUGCAGUUAAUAACGACGUACGGUAGUAUGCCUGCGUUGGGCGUAAACGAGCAACAAAAUCAACAGCAGCCACAUCAACACAUUAAUCAAGAUAUGUGCAAUUUACUGUUCGAUACGAUGGUAAUUGCCGGUGAUGCUCAUACACAACUCGCAACUUGCUCAAUGCUUGUGCGAAUGUGCUGUUUUGAGUCUUGGUGGGGUGAUUUUCUGGCAGAUAAAUUUUUAACGCUGUACUCGUCACAAAAUGAACGCAUUUUCCCGCAGGAUCGUGUAUUCCUACUGUUAACCUAUUUGGGACGCCGUAGCAUUGCCAUCGGCCGCAGUCGUACUACGGUUAUUGAUGCCAUUCUGCGCAGCUUAGCAACGCUGCUAGCCCCGUUAGCUACGAACAGUGGGUCCGGUUUGAGUAUCUGGUGCAGUACGGAUUUAAAUUUGCUUGGGUGGAUAUUGCUGUUCUUGUCUGUCUGCCUGGACGAUGGAACGGAAGGUAGAAAGGAUCAAAACAACUUACGAUGGGACUUUAUGUCUGGCGAGACGGACAUGGUUAAAGCACGAAUGAAUAUGAACAACAGUGGUCUGCGUACCUUAACCCGUUCGUUCAAGAAACGGCUAAUUCAAACAAAACAAUACAGCCAACUUUCGGGAGCAACAUCAAAACUGGAAAUGGCAUUGAAACAGCAAGAAAAUCAAUUGAAAAAACUGACCGUCAACAUAAAGCAAAGCUUGGGUGAUUACAUCAACGAAAUAAACAGCAAGAUGAAAGAGAUUGGCGAAUCAAGCAUUACAACGUUAAGUAAAAACGAACUGUCGCAGGAACCAAACAGCGUAUUAUCGUUUUCGUCUGGCGGUAAUCACAUUGCCUCAUCCACCAGCGGCAGCACGAUCAACCAAGCAUCUGGCAUGAAAAGUGGAGGAAAGUUUGUUAACCUUGCUGGUGAUCGUACGAUAAGGGAUGCAUCCAGCGAGGCAGGUAUCAGUCAUUCAACAGCAGGCUCAAAGGGAGUUGGCGAUUUGACGGGUGGCGAUGGAGAGACUCCAUUCGAUACAGGGCUGAAGUCGAUGAAAAUCGACAAAAUUAUCGUCGUAAUUCGAGGCCUAAUUGGAUUGCUUCUGAGCAUGGAUUUUACCUGCAACAUGGAUCUGUUCCUUAUCACGUGCAAAAUAAUCGCCCGGUUAGUGUUGGCCUGCCGGCCAGCUUUACAGCUAUCGAAGAUUAUUACGACGAACCAACUGCUGCAACUGGUUAGGAUUGCAGUGUGGGAAAAUCAGCAACAACCAUGGGCAGUGCACGCAAUUACCUGUCUGCUGCAGGAUGUACUGGAGGCGGACAAAAGCUUCAAGGAUGGUGAAAAUGAUUCCACGGAAUCGCCUGACGAAGAAGAAAAUGCAAGUGUUUCGGCGGGUGCCCACCCUAUGGGAACGGGCUCGACAUUGCACUCGAUGCGACCCCCGGUAGAAGUACCUUUUAAGCAACAACAGCAGCAACAUCCACUACAGAACCCGGCACAUCAUGUGUCUUGUGAUCUUAGUUACGCCGAUGUGGCUAAAAACCAACUACCGUCGGUGGUCGAAUGUGAUGAUCCGGAAAUGGAGGAAAUAUUAAUUAUUGACGACAUAUUUUCGGCACGCGAAAAACGCUUCCUUAAGCGUGAUAUUGUAUCGUUUGCUAGCAAAUAUAGCAUCACGAAUAAAACUGUUUCCGCUGCAAUGGAUGCUCGGCUUGAGAUGGGACUGGAUACGAACGUAGAAAUUGUUCUCCGGCGACUGACAACGCGGUCAGCCUUCAAUCUGAUCAGUAGCUUACCACACGUUUCCAUGAUGCCUGAACUGAUCAGUAGUAUGAGCGCACCUGGGCAACCAUCGGAAUCAUUAUCACCAUGGCCAGACAGCAUCAUCGAUGUGUGGUCUGGGCCCGAAUAUCUACUAGGCAUCGAGACGAACAGUAUGCUUACGGAGGUGUUUGAUAAAAUUCUUUCCGAUCUACAUCAGCUCGAUUCAUGGCUAAACCUGGAGAAAAUUCUUCAACUGUGGUUGACGUUGAAUGGGGAAACCAAUGAAAAUAUCCCCGGUAGCUGCACAACUGGUUUAAAUCCCUUAUCAUAUUCACGUAUACCGUUUGGCGAUCGAGCCGUAAGGGGACUGCUGAAGGCACUUGCCACGCAUCCAAACAUUAAGUUACGAGCCUGGUGCCUUGGAUUUCACUGUUUGAAUCUAGCGUGCAAGCCACACUUCGAGGCAGAUCACCUGGAACAGACGUCUACUAGCAGUGAUAAUUAUUUCCGGCGCAUGGGCAAUCUGAUCGUAAAUGAUGAAAAUUUUGAGAAGAUGCUCCUGCGGUUUUUCUCCGGUGCCGAUCAAUCGAUGAUUUCCAUGGACGGUAGUAGCAGUCGUUAUGCUGGACCAACCGUGUGCAAGCUUGUGAUAGAGUUGUUCGCUUGGUUGGAGUUACGCUGUAAUGUAAAAGACAAGCUAAAGGAAACGCUGUUACGAGUGACGUUGCAUCUGGUCCAGUUUGGUGGUGCGAUCGGCAACCAACAAGGUCCAAUCGAUGCCCAGAGUCAGAUGAUAAAGCAACUGUUGAAUUUCCCAUUCGACAAAAGUGAUUUGGGCAUUGCGAUGAGUGUAAUUGAGUGUGUUUCGCAUCUGGUGUACAACAAUGUGGUGAAUGUGGAGAAACUAUACUGUCAGAAAACGACGGAGAAUAGUAAUUCCGCUGCUAUGCUGGGUGGAGGGAUGCGGUUCAGCAGCCUUUUUGCCACUGUAUUCAACGCUGAGUCUAAUCGCGCAUGUAAAUCUGCAACCGAUAGUUCGCUGUUGGUAGAUUUGCUUAAGCUGGCCUCGAUACUUGUUAAUACGAAAAAUCCACACACCACUGGCACAGGAAGCGAAACCGCGACGACCGAUGAUGGUCACACCGGAUCGGCUGGUGGACAAACAGUGGGUGUAGACAAUUUGAACACAUCGAGCGAGAGCCAGACGGAUGAAAUAAAGGCAGAACAGCAGCAUACCGGAGCUGGUGGUGCAAGUGCAGGAAAUGUUCCUGGUAAUGGAGUUAACGCCGGCAGUGGUACAGCGGGCAGCAGUGAGACACGUCCGAAGGUACCAUGCUUUACCGACACUGUGUUACAACAUUCUCCAACGAUGAAUCGUUUGCUGAGUGCACUUUCCCACUGCAACCAUUCGUCUUUGACAAUGCUGGUGGCGUCAACGGUCAGCUAUGGAAAUGGUGCUGACAAUAGUGGUGCUAAGACGAUUCGAAAUACGCAUCCGGAGCUGUGUACCGUAGCAGAUGCUGUAUUCCAGUUGCUUCUAUACCUUAGCCGGACCGCAUCACAAAAUGAGCUGGUAGUAAAACCCUUGUUUGAGUACAUUAACAACGCAUCCAACGUACGGCACCCGAUGCCAAAGUUGCAUCUGUCGGAACCAUUCCUGUGGUUUAUCCUGAAGGUCCUCGGUACGCCCGCAUCGGUUGCAAUUUUCACUGAACUAGGCGGCAUACAGGUGCUGUGCGAGAGUUUGGUUCGUAGCAAUCGAGCGCUGAUCAACACGCAACCGAGCCUUGUGUCGAUGAUAAUGCAACGUCUGUCGAAGUCGUCCGUUGGUUUGCAUGGCGUGAGCGUUGCCAGCGGAAGCGGCAUGGCUGGUGGAAAUUGCAGUGGCAGUUCGUCGAAAAAGAGUACCCCCAUCAUAGCAACGCCACGAAACGAAGAGGGGCUUAUCAACUUCGCACCGUACUCUACAAUUACCUCGGACAAUUUGUCUGUACAGGCGGCGGAUGUGUUAAUUCAGGCGCCACUUGCUUCCCAUCGUCGGGCUCGAAAUCCCGCCUGGAGCUAUUUGUUUUACCCAAACGAAUCGAAUGUUGAUCUUACGAUCACACUUCCAACGGCGGUACUGUUAAAGGAGGUCCAGCUACAGCCCCAUCUAGCGACACUUGCAUCGUGUCCUUCGGCUGUAGCAAUCGAAGUGACAAGAGACAGUAUCCUCGGUCCAAUACCGAUCACGCAGCCCAUUUCGACCGUAGGCAUGACGUGCAUUCGGUUGCGCUUUGCACAGCCAGAAAUUGCCACCAGCGUUAUCAUUCGGUUGUACCGGCCGCGUGAUGCUUUAAACAUUGGCUUAACGCAAAUAUCCAUCCUGGGAACGACCACGUUCGGCGAGCUACCUCAAGCAGGUGGAGGACCAUCUGGCUUUUCCGGGGGCGCGAUGCAAAGCUGGCCUAGUUCCUCCAUUGUAGCAAUUGGUGGAGGAUCGGGAUCAACCGUUAACCUGAAGCCGUCCAAUGAUUUGUGCAGCUAUCGGAAAGCAUUUGGCUUGGUCGAUAUGGACGAGGGAGGAGUAGGACUGGGAGGAACCGGAAUUGAUGACGAUCGUAUGGCCGGGGCAGCACGUACCAGCCUCGGCUGGUUGCGUGUACUAACGCAGUGCUUCAGCGUGACCAUCUAUUAUGCCGAUCAACAGCUCGCGAACCGUGUGAUCGAUGCCGCAAAUGAGGUGACCGGCUUCAUGGAGGCUUGCUGUGCAUUGCUAAACAUAGCACCGAAUAGUCCAAACGAUACAUUGCAAAAUUUGGAAACCGUAUUGCUUAAGCUGGGGCUACACAGCCGCGAAAUGGGCUUGCGACUGAUCAAUACAUUGCUGCGGCAAAGUAUACCACAGACGUUUCAACUGUCGAACGAUUCCAUCUCAGAUCUGCUGUACCAGUUGUGUACAAUGCAGAAUGAGCACACGCGCGAUCGAUUGCAGGCCAUGCUGGAAUGGGUGUUGACGUUGUAUGAACGCUACCAGCAGAACAUUACCAUGGCUGCGGGCGGAGGUACCGUAAAUCAACACCGAUUGGCGCUACACUCAACAAAUCCGUACAGUGGUUUUGUGCGAUGUCUCGCCGCCAUUCUUUGGCAAGCCUUUGCAACCGAUCUGAUUCCCGAUCUGCUGGAAAUGGUCACACGGGAAUUGUUCGAUGUACUGUUCAACUGGCUGCAGGAGCUUAAACAACACGAAGGCGCUAGUGGACCAUUAAAGAAAGCGAUCGAUGCACUGCUCUGUUCGGUUUGCUGCAUACGGCCAGAGUUUUUCACCAUGCUUCUGCGGCGUAUGGGCGUUCUGGUGCCGAAUCUGUCGACUGAUCUGACAGCAUCGAUUUCGGACGAUCGCAAGGAUGGCGAACGGCGAACCGACGACAGCAAGCAGGAGGAGUCGGAUACGACGGAAUGGUACAGCCAUUUGGUGAUAGAAGAUAUUGCAUGCUUGGACCUAUCGUGCAGUCAGCUGGCGACAAUUGCCAUGGCCAGCCAGUCUCCGUUAGCCGUGCAGCAGUUAAUCGAUUCUGGGCUGCCGAAGUUGUUGAACUCGGUCAUCUUGGAAUUUUGUCGCCGAGCGACAAACUGUGUCGAACGGCUAAGACGAGCUCCAACGAAAGUUGUUGGUAGCGAUGGUCCGCCUACGGUUCCAUCUGCCAGUGGAUCGACCGAAGGUUGCUUAACAGAUGCUGAUAAGUGGAGCAGUGGAGAAUCUACAGAAAAUGCUACAAGUCUCCCGAUGGUGAACAUACACAAGGUAACGGAAAUCCUUGUCUUUUUUACGGACAUGUGUUCCGAAGGACAUAUGCGCGAUUGGUUGGGUAGCCACGAGGGCGCUAUCUUCUGGGAGCCCUUGUUACUGUUGCUGUGUAACAGCCAUCUUGCAAAUGUGACGCGCGAAAUAACGACACAAUCAUGUCUUGAAUUGGAGGAGUGCUUCAUCAAGUUUCUGUCACGCGUUACUACGUGUCACCCGAAAAACCAGGAAGUGUUAACCAUCAACCUUAUCUCGGUAAUACGUAAGUCGGAUCCAAUGGAGGAAGCGAUGCAUAGCUGCGCUGCCGAUGGUGCGCAAUCGACUUCCAUUCCGAUGCCAGGAGCUUUCACGAAGAACUGCAUUUCCGGCUUUACUCGGCGUCUGUUACUACAGAUUUUGCUUGAAAGUGAAAAAAUAAUGGUAGCGGUGCGUAGUGAUCUGCCACUGCUGCAGAGCAAAGAAACGAACGGUGGAGGAGCAGGUGGGCUGUACAACUCGAUCGCGAACCAUCCUUCGAAGCGUCCGAACGCGCAUCUCAUGCUGUUCCAGUUAAGCACGAAUGCCAAAUGUCAGGAUAUAUUGGAUCAGUGUGCUGCUGCCGUUUAUCAACCUAUCGUACCGUCUGCCGUGGUGGUAUCUGGUUCAGCUAGUGGUUCACAGUCGUCGGCCGUUGCCGCAUCCGCUGGUACCUCUGCUGGAACAUCAUCCAGUGCGGCCAGCGGUUUGGGUGGUGAUCUGUCGUUGCUGUCUGGCGGUGGAAACACAGUAGCAACGAACGUUAGUAGUCAGUCUAUCGGUGCCUCUACCAGUGGAUCUAGUAACGCACAGAGUAGUUGCCCACAAAGUGAACUGUGGGAGCUGGGUAUGGGGCUGGAAUUUUUAAGCGUUGCUGCUGGAGUCACUGCGAAGGAUAAGCGUUUGAAGGAGGCCAAAAAUCAGGCAACAACGAUGCGUCGCAAAGACUUGCUCUCAAUGUUCAAAAUAAAAAUGGACGAUUCCAAGCUUUCCGUACCGGAUGGCAUGUUCCUGACGCACUCGGCAGUACCGGAAGUAAUUAUAACGAGCGAUACGACUAUCUCGCAACUGCUGUUUAUGCUGAAGUCAGCGGGUAUAUCGCUCUCGAUACCAUGCAUAAAUCUGAACUUGAUUGAUGCCAAAAACAAACCGCCUUCCGAUGCAUCUGCUGGAGAACCGUCCCCCAUGUCCUCGUCAUCCGGCGCAGGAUCAUCGGCGUACAUGCGAGCAACCGAGUUUCUGCCCUUACCUUCGCCUCUGCAGAUAUUCUCAAGCCGUGGAGGUCUAUCACUACUAGCGCACUAUUUACCGACCGUGUAUCCCGAAAUGCCGAAGAGCAGUACUCACUACAUGGACAAAGAUCGUAGCCCGACGGGCGGCACGGGUGCGGGAAAUGCCGGUGCCGGUAACGAAUGGGUGAAACUCGAACAGAUGGACGAGAUCUACGAAGAUUUGGACGACAUUGUGGCAGAAUCGUCCCCGAAAGCGCAAGCAAUUACCGCCAUUCCACAGCAUUCGCUUGCGGCCUUUGCACUGUUCCUAAAGCUGCCGGCUUACUCGGAAGUUUUACUCAACGAUACCGUCCGGGCGCAGUGUUUGCUGCGUCUGAUACUGGGUGUUACCAGUGACGGUGAGGGUAACGAAAUUUAUAGUCUGCCCCUGUCCAACACAUUGCCUACGCUGCCGUUUGAGGUGUUCCGACAACUUCUGGAAUCGUCACCAUUAACUACCGACGAUGGAGUGCUGCUCCGGCGCAUGGUGAUCGAAGUUGGUGCAAUACAUCUCGUGCUAAACUGUCUGAGCAUCUUUACCCAUCACAACAACAGUGGAUCGGUACGAACAGGAGCGUCAACAUCAGUGCCGGUUGGAACAAGUAGUAACAGUACAACAAAUAAUACAUUCGACACGUUGUAUCAAGGAAUAUCUACUGGCAAUGGUACCAAUAAAUCAUCAUCCACUAUGACCGGUAACGCAACUGCUAAUAACACAGAGGAUCAACUGAACGCUGAUGAUAAAGGACAUAUGUACUGGGCGAAGGGUACAGGUUUUGGCACCGGUUCAACGCAACAAUCGUGGAACGUGGAACAGGCACUGAUGCGACAAAAAAGUGAGGAAGAACACGUUACCGUGUUGUUACAGGUACUUUCGAGUUACAUUAAUCCUGGCUGCAACAGUUAUGUGAUUAGCUCUGGUACGGAAGAAUUGCACAACUACAAGGAUUCGUUUGAAUCGGUCGGUGAUCUACCACCAAUCUUCCUCGAUCUCAUUCAGCAAAGCUGUCUUAUUCCCGCCCUGAGUUCCUAUUUGCGUAACGAUUCGGUGUUGGAUAUUACGCGACAUAUUCCACUGUACCGCGCCAUUUUGCAACUGCUGCGAGCCAUUUCUGUGUCCAACCAGCUUGCGAUGCUGCUGGUGAACAAGAAUGUCAGCGAGGGUAAACUAUCUAUCGCUGGGCUGCUGUCGAACAUGAAAGCCUGUGUAGAUACUUAUGCUAGUCGUUUGAAAGUGAAUAAAAAGUCAAACUUGAAAGGACAAACGCAAAAGAUUAUCGUCAGUUUGGACGACGGGGACGAUGAAGGGUUAGCUUUGAUGAUGCAUGACAUUCAACUGACGUCGCUACUGGUACAAAAUGCUACCAAUAUGGACACCACGAGUGCAGCAGAGGAGGGCGAAAAGCAAUUGAUUCCACGACCGAUCACAAAGUCGGUUGAAGACAAGUAUCUGGAGAUUAUGAAAGCGUUACAAUUCGACACUUACGAGAUGAUUGCGGAAUCGGAAAAUGGUUAUCGUUUUACGAUCUCACAUCAUUUUGAAACGAACGUACGAAUGGCGGGCGAUCGGGGCCAUCCAGGGCGGGUAAAACGGUUGGCACAGGAAACGGUAACCCUUUCCACCAGUUUACCGCUCUCAUAUAGCAGCUCGGUAUUUGUACGUUGCGACACGGAUCGGCUGGAUAUUAUGAAGGUACUAAUUACCGGACCGGCCGAAACGCCCUACGCUAACGGUUGCUUCGAAUUUGACGUGUACUUCCCACCGGACUAUCCUAACUCACCAAUGAUGAUAAACCUGGAAACGACCGGUCGCAAUACGGUCCGUUUCAAUCCCAACCUUUACAAUGAUGGCAAGGUUUGCUUAUCGGUGCUGAACACGUGGCACGGGCGACCGGAGGAAAAGUGGAAUGCGCACACAUCCAGCUUUCUGCAGGUGCUCGUAUCUAUUCAGAGCCUUAUCCUGGUACCGGAGCCAUACUUCAACGAACCUGGCUUCGAGCGCAGUCGAGGUACACCGACCGGUACGCAUAGUUCCCGGGAGUACAACAGUAACAUCUAUCAGGCGUGCGUUCGAUACGCUAUGUUGGAACAGUUGCGUCACCCGUGUCCCUGCUUCCAGGACGUCAUACAUGCGCAUUUCUGGCUAAAACGCAAUGAAAUCUGUAACCAGAUCGAGGAAUGGAUUGCUGAACUGAGUCAUCCUUUGCAACAUGAGCGAACCGGUCGAACGAUAUCGUUCAAUGCGAUGGUAUUGCGCCGCCAGUACAGACAGCUGCGUGAAGAGCUUGCAAAGCUGACGCCACCGGAAGGGCUGGAAGAGGCUGAUUAUCCGUUUAACGUCGGUACGAACAUAACACCCACCACACCUUCCGCAACUGCAAGCACUGCAAAUUCCACCGCAUUACCAUCCAAUGCAACUUUGCCCACCUGCCCGUCUGGUACGCUGAUGCAUUCUUCGUCAUCGUGUUCCUCCUCGUCAUCGUCGACAUCAUCGUCGUCAUCUUCAUCAUCGUCGACAUCGUCGUCGUCCUCGUCCUCUUCUUCAUCAUCAUCGAAUUCGUCAGUGCAUAGUCAGCAAGCUGCCACAAAUGUGGCGGAUAGCAUCGUAACGGAUGGUGACGGUUCUGAGAGUGGCGCUAGCGUUAUGCUUCAAAUCGGUGGUGUCUCGAACAGCGUCGAAGAUGAUGCAGAAGUCAAGGAUGGUAUGCGUGACGGUAAUGAGACUGAUAGCGGCAGUGGCGGCGGGAUGAUGACGGAAGAAGUAGCCGUCGUAUUCAGCGAUCAUUCCGAGGAACAAGUUAGUGAAACAAAUGUUCAUUCCGGUACCGGUUCGGGAGGUGGCGAUUGCAGUGAAUCUUCAUCUAGUGGCAGCAGCAUUGUGGCGGGUAUUUCGGCUGGUUCCGUCGAUAAUAGCAGCAGCGAAUCAACUGCCGUUACGGGCGGGCUAUCGGAGGAGGUGGCAGGAUCUAACCAAUUGCCGACCGCGGACGAUAUUAGUAGUAUCAACAGCAUUGAGAAGCCAAUUAGUAGCAGUGUGCACGAAUCCCUAGAUGACGACGCUGAUCUGUCACUAGAGGAGAUGGCACUGUCAAUCAUCUAGACUUAUGUUCAGGAAGCAGCAUCUGCUUAGGUAACAAAAAUGGCAUAAGUGUACCCGAGUUCCGGUUCAGGACAAUGGACUGUAGUGUUACAUCUUAGCAUGAAACGAGACCGGUAGAAAAUUCAAAAACCCGAUUGUUGUAUGUUUAAGCGAAGCAGUUUCCGCUGGAUUGUGUGGACCGUGCCAGAUUGCCGGAGCGUACAGUGAUGUGAUAUAAUUAGUUUUGCUAAUUGAAACGCGGCAGAGCUUUCGAUCUCACACGAACACUGAAUGAGUUGAAACUUAAAAUGUUUACGAAUAUUGGCGACAACUGAGAGAUAACGGUAGGGUGAGCAACAGAAGGAAAACAACAAGGUAAUAAGCAGUGAAACGAAGAAAUCGCACAUUUUCCGCUUGUGCAUACGUAUGUGUGUAUGGGGAGGAUGUGGGAAUUUACAAUGAUAUCCCUUUAGCGAAGCCAUAGAAAAGAAGUGAACCAACACAGUAAUUUAGUCACAUUAAGUAAAACUCGGUCCUUUUUUGUUUUUUUUUUUAUCAUUACAAGCCUCGAUACAGUUUUUUACAACAUUGAGUAAUAUAAUUGUGGGAACAAAUGUUUUAUUUUCACUUUCUUUAGUUAAUGUGCCGGGCAACUGAAUCGCUGUGCGUUGAUGUAAAACUAAUUUCCGCAGCCGUUUUGCAGGUUUAUCGUUUAAAUAUAUAUAAUCUUUUGCGCUAGUUUGUAGUCUUAAUGAGGGCUGUAAUGCUAAAUCUAUGCCAUUGGCCCAGUUCACGAACAGCAAUAAUGUUUUACACAGUUUGAAUUUAAUAUUAAAUAUAAUUUAAUUUAUAUAUUUUCUGGGUCGGUCAGAUAAAAAAAUCGUUCACAACAUGACUUCAAGAACGCAACCGGUUUGGAAUAAAAUCUCUCCCGGAAUGUAACUUCCUCAUAUACAUGCGACGAAGUACUUGGCUAUCAGUAAUUCAAAUUAUCUAAACAUGGGCCAUACGUAGCCUAACAACAGCUGCACACUCAAACAAGUGGUAGAAGGUGUCUUUCGAUGGAUUCGUUCACUGUCUUAUGGUACUGAUAAAUUCGUUCCUUUGUUUCUUUAUUUUUUGUUCUUUAAUUACGUAUGCAAAUCUAAGUAAAAUCUUGAUGAGUAUGUGAAUUCUGCAUGGAAUCAAUGCUCUCGACAGGAGGGUAACUAUCAUUGUCUCACGUCCGUUCGAGAAGAAACGGACAACGAACGUUGAUCAGGGAAUAAUUCACGGGGAAAAGAAAUGCAUGAGCUACUUCAGCUAACAUUUAUGCGACAUUUUUGAACACAGCCGUCACGGUUAAAACCCAAAACCCUUCGAGAAACAUUAUGCGUUUCUCUCCAUACAAGCAUAGAAAAUUCUAGUUCGAGUGUGGACAAACAACCAUCCACUCCCGUUAAGCAACGCAAAUAAAAAUGUAUGUUGUAAGUCCAAUAACAUUAACAUAAUGAAGGAAACAACACACACACACGCAGUAAUAAAUGUAAUUAAAAUAAAA